UGAAGAAACGGGUCUAGCUCUCCUACUCUGCUACAAGAAGAAGAAGAAGAAAAAAAAUCUAAAGUAAGGUGUAUAUGAGAUAGAGAAGAUAAAGGGAUCGGAUCUAGCUCUCUUCUUCUUCCACGUCGUCGAUCGAAGAGCUGAAAAGUCAAAAUUAUGGACAAAGGCAAAGCAGUGAUGGGUACUGGUCGGAGAUGGGCCGUGGAUUUCUCCGACCAAUCUACUGUUCCAUCUACCCGCGACAUCCUCGAUCCACCUGGCUUCUCUCGUGCUUCUCCCGAACAGGAUGAUUCAGCAACGAGCCGCCAAAAGAAAGACGCUGAAGCUAAUUGGAAACUUCAGAAAGCAUGGGAAGUAGCGCAGUCUCCAUUUAAGAAUCUGAUGAUGAUGGGGUUCAUGAUGUGGAUGGCUGGCAACACUGUUCAUCUCUUUAGCAUUGGUAUUACUUUCUCUGCUCUUUGGCAGCCUCUCAGCGCCCUACAGAGUGUUGGCAAGAUUUUUGAGCCAUUCAAGGAUAACAAGGUGGAACUACUUAUGCCCAAACUAGUGUUUCUUGCCCUUAACCUUGGAGGCUUAGCUUUGGGUAUCUGGAAGCUCAACACUUUGGGGCUUCUUCCAACACAUGCAUCAGACUGGGUCUCAUCUCUACCGCCUCCUCAGGAGGUUGAACACUCAGGUGGAGGAUUUGUUUUCCACUGAUAAGCAAGUCUCUGUCUCUGUCUUGUAUUUUAAAUAAUCCGCCAAAACUGGGAUGAUGAUGAAGACAUUUUUGUGAGAUAACCGCCAGAGCAACUUAAACUGAUUUGUUUAAACCUGUCAUGAGGGGAAGAUUUAUAUGAACCUUCUUGUAGCUUUUUCAAAAACAUUCAGAAACCAUUUAGCUUCUUUCUUUCACUUUUUAAGUAUGAUGUUCAUUAUUCAUCAUUACUGUGAACUGUAUUAUUGACGCUGAAGGGACCUAGUUCUCCCA